AUGGAAUGUCCAAAUACCAUGAAAUUCAAUUCAAAUAUGUCAGAAAUUGUUUGCAAGUUGGCCAAGUUCUAUGCAUUGAAAUCCAUUGGGGUGUUACCUCUGAAGUCCCCAAUCUCCAUCACUUUCACAAGCCAAUUUGCAUUGGUGCUUCUCCGAGUGAAAACAGAAAUGUUGCAAAUGAGGAGACCAAAAACUAUAGCCAGUGAAUCCAUUCCCAACGCAUUGAAAUGCUUGUUGGAGAGGAUUCAUGCCCUGAAGAGAGAAGCAAGUGUUUUGAAUGUUGUAAACUUCAAGAAUUUCUUCAAGGUUGCUUCAGAGUCCAUUCAUGAUUUUGCCAAACCAAUAAUUAGUUUGAUGAAAGCUUCGGGUUGGGACGUAGAUGUCGCAACAAAAUGGGCUGAGAAUGCAGCUGUAUAUUCUAAAGGGUGUGACAAAAAACAUGCUUUUAAGGCCUACAUUGCGCGGAGAAUGUUUCGAGGGGUUCCAUUAACUUCUUAUGAUGUGAGUGAUAUUAUGAAGUUUGAUGAUCCAAUUGAUGUACUGAUGGAGAAUCCAAACUCAGAUUUUUCAAAAUUUUGUGGAGCAAAGUAUCUUAUGGUUUUUCAUCCCACAAUGGAAGAGUCAUUCUUUGGAAAUUUGGAUCACCGAGCCUUGAUAUUGAGCGGCAAGCACCCUAGAACUGAGUUCUAUCAGUUGUUUGCAAAAGUGGCAAAAUGGGUUUGGGUUUUAUUAGGUUCUUCAGCGACAAUAGAUCCCCAUGCAACCAUGUUUUCUGUCAACAACAGAGAUCCCAACUUCUCUGGUUUGUAA